AUGCCAAAGCGACUGAUGGAGCAGACGACAACAAUGCGCCUGGGGGCAAUGAGGGAGUUCGAGAGUAACGUGAUUGUAUCUGUGACAUCUACAAGGGUUUUCCCACUAAUCCCAGCGUCUUCCUCGGGGACAAAUGCCAUGGUUACUUUAAAUGUAGCACCAGACACCAAUACCAUUCCAAUACUAGAAUUCGGCUUCAUAGCAGUCGCUACAGAUAACGAAGAUAACGAAGAUCCAGUCAAGCAAUGUGGUACAGGAUUCCAUCAACUAGAGAGAAACAACAUCCAAUUCAAGGUUGUGGUUGACUUCGUGGCAGACUCUAGUGUAAACGCACCAGGCUGGUUGAUGCAUUUCAUUCAAAAAAAUGAUAAUGACUGUCAGAAUGGAAACAUUGUCUGUUCAGAAAAUGCGGACUGUACAAACAUAGGAGGUUCUUUUUCUUGCGUAUGCAAAGACGGUUUCUUUGGCGAUGGCUUGACCUGUUUAGAUGAAAAUGAAUGUCAAAAUGGAAACAAUGGCUGUUCGGAAAAUGCGGACUGUACAAACACAGAGGGCUCAUUUUCUUGUGAAUGCAAAGAAGGCUUCUCUGGUGACGGUGUAACCUGUUCAUUUGGAAUUGGAUGUCAACAGGUAGACGAAUGA